GUCCCUGCUCCUCCUCUCGCACUCACAGCCAGGAUUGGAUCAUGACGAGGACAGAGCACGCCGACAUCAACACGCUUAACUGUACAGAAAAGGCGCUUUCAUGGACUGAAAGCCGCGAGACAUGUUGAGUGGAUGCUUUGGCAAUUUAUGUGACACGGCUGUUUUGUUCCUGGAUGUGACUUUCUAAAAGGAGGCAACUGACCGUAUCGGUCCAAUCCAUCAAAAGUGACUAGUGCCUUUGCAACGCUGAUUUCUCCACUUUUAUGACAUUAUUUGUAUCCUUAAUUGAGUUUUCACUGAUGUCCAAGGAAGAGCAGAUACUAUGCACUAUGGCCGUCUCACAUCCAUCAUCGAACCUGUAACCUCAGCACAGGAGUGGCACCUUUAACAGAGGGGACCUCAGAAGCUUUACAACGCCUACGUCGCAGGGAUGUUCGCCUCAGUGGAGCAUGGCCCGGUUCUCUGCAGCGACUCCAACAUCCUGUGCCUGUCGUGGAAAGGCCGCGUGCCGAAGAGUGAGAAAGAGCAACCCGUGUGCCGAAAGCGUUAUUACGAGGAAGGCUGGCUCGCCACUGGAAAUGGCCGAGGAGUUGUGGGGGUCACAUUUACAUCCAGCCACUGCAAGCGGGACCGGCCCACUCCGCAGAGGGUCAACUUCAACCUCAGGGGGCACAAUAGUGAGGUGGUUCUGGUGCGAUGGAAUGAGCCCUUCCAGAAGCUGGCCACCUGUGAUACAGAUGGCGGAAUCUUUGUUUGGAUCCAAUAUGAAGGCCGCUGGUCUGUGGAGUUGGUCAAUGAUCGUGGAGCUCAGGUGAGUGACUUUACAUGGUCACAUGAUGGCACUCAGGCGCUCAUCUCCUACCGCGAUGGCUUUGUUCUGGUGGGCUCAGUCAGCGGGCAGAGGCACUGGUCUUCCGAAAUCAACUUGGAAAGUCAGAUCACCUGCGGUAUCUGGACUCCUGACGACCAACAGGUUUUGUUUGGCACCGCCGACGGACAGGUGAUAGUGAUGGACUGCCACGGCCGCAUGCUGGCCCACAUUCUGCUGCACGAGUCGGACGGCAUCGUCAGCAUGUCCUGGAACUACCCUAGCUUCCUGGUAGAGGACAGCAGUGAGAGCGACACUGACUCGGAUGACUAUCCCCUGCAGCAAGUGCACAGCCACAAACCUCUGCUGACAGUCAGCUUCACCUCUGGAGACAUUAGCCUAAUGAACAACUACGAUGACCUCUCACCCACACUUAUCCGCACCGGCCUGAAAGAUGUGGUCGUUCAGUGGUGCUCGCAGGGGGAUCUUCUUUCAGUGGCUGGCAUGGAGAAGAUGCUCCUCUCCCCUGACCCCUCUUGUCCUCCCCCUACCAGGAACGCCAUUGUCAAGUUCUAUAACGUCCGGGGUGAACACAUCUACUCACUGGAAACACCAGCACAGCGCCCCAUCACUACCCUUUGUUGGGGCCACAGGGACUCGCGUCUUUUCCUGGCGUGCGGCCCGGCGCUCUACGUUGUGCGUGUAGAGCAUCGCGUCGCCAGCCUGCAGCUCCUUUGCCAGCAGGGCAUCGCCACGGCGGUAAAGGAAGAGAAAGGCGUGGCCAAGCUCACCAUGCCGUCGCGUCUCUGUUCAUACGUCACUGCCGCUUUCGCUCCCACAAUUAGGCCGCCUAUCCCUGAUCCCAACAACAUGCGUGACUUUGUCAGCUACCCGACAGCAGGCAACGAGCGUCUCCACUGUACAAUGAAACGUACUGAGGACAACCCUGAGGUGGGGGGUCCCUGCUACACUCUGUACCUGGAGUACUUAGGUGGUCUAGUGCCAAUCCUUAAAGGCCGGCGAAUAAGUAAAUUGCGUCCAGAGUUUGUCAUUAUGGACCCUAAAAUGGAUGGAAAAACAGAUGAUAUAUAUGGCAACAGUCUGAUAUCUGCAAUGAUUGACAGCUGCAAUUGCUCAGACUCCAGUGACAUAGAGCUCAGCGACGACUGGGUGGGAAAAAAGUCCCCAAAGAUAUCUAGGGGGAGUAAGUCCCCGAAAAUGCCCAGAAUCAACAUUGAUCCCAGGAAAUCACCCAAACUCUCCCGCGCCACCCAAGAGGUCUCCAGGUCACCCCGGUUACCCAUACGAAAACCCUCCAUCGGGUCACCAAGUCUGACACGGAGAGAAUUUCCUUUAGAUGACAUUACUCAGCAAAACUACCUUGCUCAGGUCACAUCAAAUAUUUGGGGAACAAAAUUCAAGAUUGUUGGGCUUGCUGCCUUCUUGCCAACAAAUCUUGGUGCAGUCAUAUACAAAACCAGCCUCCUCCACCUGCAGCCCAGACAGAUGACAAUCUACUUGCCGGAAGUGCGUAAGAUCUCCAUGGAGUACAUCAAUCUGCCUGUCUUCAGCCCCAACGUCUUCAGCGAGGAUGAAGAUGACCUGCCAGUCACUGGCCCAGCUGGUGGCUCUGAUGACAACCCGCCCUGCACUGUCAACAUCCCCAUUGCACCCAUCCACAGUCCCGCCCAGGCCAUGUCCCCCGCCCAGAAUAUUGGUCUAGUCCAGUCCCUCCUAGCCAAUCAAAAUGUUCAGCUGGAUGUUCUAUCAAACCCCACAGCCACCUCCCCAGGGGCUGCUGCUGCUGCGGCUGCUUCUGCUGGUUCAGACCAAAGCCAAGAAACCAUGCUUACAGCCCAGUACACAGUUUCUAACCGAUACUCCAGUCCGGGUCAGGUCAUCUUUGGAGGGCUGGACAUGGGUCGCCUCACUGUAGGACCUUCACACUCUCAUCAUCCUUCACAGCAGUUACAGCAACUACAACACCAUCAGCAACUACAGCAUCAUCAACAACAGCUCCAGCAGCAGCAGCAGCAACAACAGUUGAUCCAACAGCAGCAGCAGCAACAACAGAUGAUCCAACAGCAGCAGCAACAACAACAUAUGAUCCAACAACAGCAGCAGCAACAGCAACAACAGAUGCUCCAGCAGCAGCAACAGCAUCAACAGAUGCUCCAGCAACAACAGCAGCAGCAACAGCAUCUUCAGCAGCAGCUCCAACACAUGCAGCAGCAGCAGCUACAGCAACACAUACAGCAACAACAAAUACAACAGCAGAUGCAACAACAGCAGCAGCACCACCAACACCUUCAGCAGCAGCUUCACAUUCAAAUCCCUGUUUCCUCUAUGUCAUCAGGACAGAUUUCUGCAGCAACCAUGCUCUCGUCGGGCACGCUGCAAAUUCAAAUUCCUCACCCACCUCCCGAUUUGGUCCUAGACAGGGGUGUCGGGGGUGAACACGAGACUCUUUUGAAAAUAAAGACAACACGUUCAGGUCCGCAGCUGGCCGAGGGAGACACUUUGGUGUUCAGCGCGCCGCUCGAGCUCAGCAAGAUGAACCCACCUCCUCCUUAUCCUGGAACUGUGGCUGCUGCUGUGGCAGCAGCCGCAGCAGCAGCGGCUGCUUCCAUGUCGGCCUCCAAUGCAGCCUCAAAUGCACCAUCGGGAACAGUCGUAGGCUCCACUGUAACACCCCCUCCUGGUGAUCUUAGUGCAAAGAAGGGGGACUUCCCACUUUACCCCCCUGGUCAGCAGCAAGGGCAGUAUCCGACACCAUUGGGCUAUGAGAGGAUAACUACCUUUGACAGCAGUGGGAAUGUGGAAGAGGUUUGCCGUCCUCGAACCCGUCUUGUCUGUAAUCAGAAUGUCUACAACCUACAAGGACCCGGCAGCUCCUCCACUCUCAGGGUCAGCUCAGGAGAAGGCAAAAAGAUCCAGCUACCCUACAGCUCGGCCACCCUUAACAGACUCACCGCACCUCGCUAUUCCAUACCGAGUGGAGACCCUCCCCCAUAUCCGGACCCGGCUAAUCAGAAUGGUGGGAGGAAUCCUGGACAGAAGCUCGACAGUAGUCUGAUUCAUGCCACUCUCAGGAGGAACAGUCGAGAAGCAAACCUCAAAGUGUCCCAAAUAAUGGAACCGCCUAGACCGCUGCCGCCUAAAGCUAAAAAUAAUAGUGCACUAGCAGCCUGCUAUCAGCAGAGGGUGCAAACAGCCUUAUACACUUGUAGCCAGUGUAGCAGUGGGACCAGUGUUGGAGUCACAGCCCCAGGGAGUGCAAAUGGAAUAGCAGGGGGUACUAUCAUCAGACAAGAUUUUCCUCCAGGGAAUGGAGCGCCACAUAGCACAGUUAUCGUUCACUCCAACAGUGCCAUGCCUCUGACCUCUCAGUCCUGUUACAGCCUGCUGAGCUCACUUGAACCAUCUGGAACUGCAGGAGUCGGAGGCGGUGGAAACAGAGAUUGCGUAGAUUAUGUAAAUUCAGCUUUUACAGAGGAUGACGCCCUGAAUCAGUCACUGAGGAAUUUGGCUUUAGGAGGAGCUGAUGCAUCAGGGCUGGUUGUUAAACGCCCACCUCCCUAUCAGUGGGACCCAUCUGCUACAGAGGAAGUGUGGGUACCUCAGGAACGUACUACAACACUUAACCCCACCUGCCACCCAGGACCACACAAACCACCUCCCCUUAUUCUUAGCCCGACCCAACACUUGGAUGUCUCCAGGCUGCCUUUUGUUCUGUCUCCAAAGUCUCCAACAACACCCAGUGCUGCUGCCUCUUUUCAAGCUGCCGCCGCUGCAGCAGGUUACCAAGUUUCUCUUCAGUACCCGCCAGUCACUGCCUACCCUGGAGCCCAGCUUCAGCCCAUCCUGGGGUCGCCACGCCCCUGCUCCUCCCCAAAGGAAGUGGUGGCUCCUGUUUCUCUCUCACAGCAGGAUGCAACUAUUGUUUUGCCUGCUGGUUAUCCUACAAAUCUAACUAAUCUGGCCUGCUGCCCUCUACCGCCUCUGUACCCUGGAGGAAGCGGGCUUUCCAUUCCUCCCAUUGCCCUCCACACACCGUGGGGUACAUAUAACCCGUGUCCUCCUGCUCCCAGUCCUGCUGUGCCCCUACCACCCAAAGCAUCCCAUAUGGCUGUAGACAAAAAUGCCCUCUCACCACCUCCUCCACCACCACCGCCGCCCCCUCCACCACCACGUUCAGAAAUGCAGAACCAUGUAGGAUUGCAAGAAGCCAUGGCAGAACCUGUGGAAGGUUACCAGGAGGUGCUAUCCUUAGCUGAGAGCCCGGUGCCGCCCCGCUCAGACAAGUUCAGCAAGAAAAACCGUAAGAGGGCAGAUGGUCGGGCCGAGGAGGCGAACGUUCCGCCUCCGGCUGAAGGGAGCAAGUCCAAAAAGGAGGGCAGGGCUCUGGGGGAUUUCAAUUCUCUCAUCUCUAGUCCUCGUCUUGGAGGGAGAGACAAAAAGAAGCUUAAGGGACCAAAGGAACAGUUAAAAGUGAAGAAGCUGAACAAGGCCACCGCCAACAGCGAGUUCCAGGACAGCUCAGAAAGUGAGCCGGAGCUGUUCAUCAGCGGCGACGAGCUUCUAAACCAGUGCCAGAGCGGAAAGAAAAGCUGGAAGAGUAAGAGGAACCUGAGGGCGGCCAGCGAGCUGGAUGAGAUGAAGUGUCGAAAGGCCAACGAGAAGGAAGACCGAGGGCUGGGCAGCCAGGGCUUUGUGUACGUCAUGGCGAACAAGCAGCCACUGUGGAAUGAAGCAACGCAAGUGUAUCAGCUGGACUUUGGUGGGCGCGUCACUCAGGAGUCUGCCAAGAACUUUCAGAUUGAACUUGAGGGCAGACAGAUCAAGUCAAGUGGAAAAAAUUAUGGAAUCACUCAAUCCUGAUGAAAAAGUUAUGGAAUCACCUUGUAAAUUUAAAUUUCUAAAGCUAACACCUGCAUCAGAUUAAAUAUGUUAGUCUACAGUUAUAAAUGAGUGUUCACGCUUUGGAAAGCUCUUGCAAUAGGUGGAUCGACAUGAAUCAUGGCUCCAACACAAGAGAUGAAAUUAUUAUCAAAAUUCUUCAAGAAGGUAAAUCGCAAUGUUGCAAACUAUGUUGAUUGUUCACCGUCAGCUGUGUCUAAAGUCUGGACCGAGCACAAACAAAGGCAAGAAUACUAGUACACCAAGGAAAAUGUCAAAGCAUCAAGACAGAAAAACCUCAAGCAAUAUUCUUGAAAACAGAAAAUGCACAGCAGAAAAAUGGGAGGAAACUGGAGUCACCGUCUGUGACUGAGCUGUAAGAAACCGCCUAAAGGAAAUGGGAUUGAAAUACAAAAAAAUCUAAAUGAAAGCUCUCAGUAAAAUCUAACCAAAACAAAUAAGGUUACAAUGGGCAAAGGAAAAAGAAUCGUGGACUCUGGAUGACUGAAUGAAACUUAUGUUAAAUAAUGAAUCACACUGGGGUGAUGGCUAUCAUUACAUCUUCAAUAAAUGCACAUGUUGACAUUUUCUUAUUUCAUCAAUCAAAAGGAGGUUUGGGUGCCACCCACACUGGUUUAGACGUAGCCAGAAGAUGUAGAUAAUGGGUUUUCACUAUGUUAAGCCCUUUGAGUCUCUCGCAAUAUAAAUAUAAUUCACUUCACUGAGGAUGAUGACAUCAUUUUUCAAGAUGAUAAUGCAUCUUGCCAUAGAGCAAAAAACUGAAGACUUUCCUUAGGGAAAAAUACACAAGGUCAAUGUCAUGGCCUGUAAAUAGUCCCCGAUCUCAAUCCAAUUGAAAAUCUGUGGUGGAAGUAUAAGAAAAUGUUCCAUGACAAGACUCCCACUACUCACCUCUGAGACAUUUUCCGAUACGGUGAAUGUGUCUUG